AGAGAAGGAGGUGCUUUUUCUCUCCCGCUUAAUUCAGGUUUAUGGCCAAGCUGCUUCUCAGGCGGUGCUGUUGCUUUUCUUCUCAAGAAUCUCCCUCCUUCUUACCGGAAUUUGGAAUCGAGUGAGUUUUCUGACGUGUUUGAGCACAGGACCCAGGGGUACUUCGAGAGAGAAGUGGUCCUGGAGGAGCUGGACUGAUCAUAGAAAUGAGUCCUGCAGAUGCUCUCGAUGAUGAAAAUACAUUUAAAAUCUUAGUUGCAACAGAUAUUCAUCUGGGAUUUAUGGAAAAAGAUGCCGUCAGAGGAAAUGAUACGUUUGUAACACUUGAUGAAAUUUUAAGACUUGCCCAGGAAAAUGAUGUGGAUUUCAUUUUGUUAGGGGGUGAUCUUUUUCAUGAAAAUAAACCCUCAAGAAAAACAAUACAUAACUGCCUCGAGUUAUUAAGAAAAUAUUGCAUGGGGGAUCGUCCUGUACAGUUUGAAAUUAUCAGCGAUCAGUCAGUCAACUUCGGUUUUAGUAAGUUUCCAUGGGUGAACUACGAAGAUAGCAAUCUCAACAUUUCAAUUCCUGUAUUUAGUAUUCAUGGCAAUCAUGAUGAUCCUACGGGGGCAGACUCACUCUGCGCCCUGGAUAUUUUAAGUUGUGCUGGAUUUGUAAAUCACUUUGGACGUUCAAUGUCUGUGGAGAAGAUAGAUAUUAGUCCAGUUUUGCUUCAAAAAGGAAGCACAAAAAUUGCUCUAUAUGGCUUAGGAUCCAUUCCAGACGAAAGGCUCUAUCGAAUGUUCGUCAACAAAAAAGUGACAAUGUUGAGACCAAAAGAAGAUGGGAACUCUUGGUUUAACUUAUUUGUGAUUCAUCAGAACAGGAGUAAACACGGAAGUACUAACUUCAUUCCAGAACAGUUUUUGGAUGACUUCAUUGAUCUUGUUAUCUGGGGCCAUGAACAUGAGUGUAAAAUAGCUCCAACCAAAAAUGAACAACAGCUCUUUUACGUAUCACAACCUGGAAGCUCAGUGGUCACUUCUCUUUCCCCAGGAGAAGCUGUAAAGAAACACGUUGGUUUGCUGCGUAUUAAAGGAAGGAAGAUGAACAUGCAGAAAAUUCCUCUCCGCACAGUGCGGCAGUUUUUCAUGGAGGAUGUCGUUCUGGCUGAGCAUCCAGACAUUUUUAACCCCGAUAAUCCUAAAGUAACCCAAGCCAUACAAAGCUUCUGCUUGGAGAAGAUUGAAGAAAUGCUUGAAAAUGCAGAACGGGAACGUCUGGGAAAUUCUCGACAGCCAGAGAAGCCUCUUAUACGACUGCGAGUGGACUAUAGUGGAGGCUUUGAACCGUUCAGUGUUCUUCGCUUUAGCCAGAAAUUUGUGGACCGAGUAGCUAAUCCAAAAGAUGUUAUCCAUUUUUUCAGGCAUAGAGAACAAAAGGAAGACACGGGAGAAGAGAUCAACUUUGGGAAGUUCAUCACAAAACCUUCAGAAGUAACAACUCUAAGGGUAGAAGACCUUGUGAAACAGUAUUUUCAAACCGCAGAGAAGAACGUGCAGCUCUCACUUCUAACAGAAAGGGGAAUGGGUGAAGCAGUACAAGAAUUUGUGGACAAGGAAGAAAAAGAUGCCAUAGAGGAAUUAGUGAAAUAUCAGUUGGAAAAAACACAGCGAUUUCUUAAAGAACGUCAUACUGAUGCCCUAGAAGAUAAAAUCGAUGAAGAGGUACGUCGUUUCAGAGAAAGCAGACAGAAGAACGAAGAAGAUGAUGAAGUCCGAGAGGCCAUGAGUAGGGCCAGAGCCCUCAGAUCUCAGUCAGAGGAAGCUGCUUCCGCCUUUAGUGCUGAUGACCUUAUGAGUAUAGAUUUGGCAGAACAGAUGGCUGAUGACUCUGAUGACAGCAUCACAGCAGCAGCCAACAAAGGAAGAGGCCGAGGAAGAGGCCGGAGAGGAGGAAGAGGGCAGAAUCCAGUGUCAAGAGGAGGAUCUCAGAGAGGAAGAGCAGGCGCUGCUCUGGAGACUUCUACUCGAGGCAGAAGUUCAAAGGCCACUAUGUCAACAUCUAGAAAUAUGUCUAUUAUAGAUGCCUUUAAAGCUGCAAGACAGCAGCCCUCCCAAAAUGCUGCUACUAAGAAUUAUUCAGAGGUGAUUGUGGUAGGUGAGUCAGAUACGGAAGAAGACAUUUUUCCUACCACUUCCAAAGCUGAUCAAAGGUGGUUGAGCACUUCAUCAUCGAGCAAACACACGUCCCGGAGCAAAAUCACUAAAGGGGUUGAUUUUGAAUCAGAUGAGGAUGAUGAUGAUCCUUUUAUGAACCUUAGUUCUGUAAGAAGAAACAGAAGAUAAUAUAUUUAAUGGCAGUUUGAAGUUUUCAAGAUUCAGGAAAAAUCGAAACGUUGCAAACUACGAGUUUACCAGUUGAAGAUUUUUUGAGUAUUGCUGUUAACUGAAGAAUUUGAAUGAUUCUUACUUAACAGAGAAACUAAUGUAUAAAAAUUUAUGUUUUUGAAUAUCAUUUCCUGAACAUGACUUCAUUAUUUGAGAGACUUCCCAGCUCAAGGGCAUAUAGAAUAGCAUUGGUUUUCCUUAUUUUUUAAUCUGGUUGUUAACAUUACCUGUUCUAUAAAUGCUCCAUAAAACUUAGAAUGUUGUUUUUGUGACAUACAUCAGUAUGUCUUACCGAGUGAGAGCUUUGCUUAAAUACAGUCUUGAGUAAGGACUAAAAUAAAUCUACCAUUGUAUGUUUCUGCUUUAUAAUCAAAGACUGUGCCAGUAUUUUAAGGUUAUUAUAUUUAGCCAAAGUUGAGGAAAAGAGCUUAUAGAAUCUAGUCCUUUUUAUAAUUUUCGUAAUUUCUAGACAUCCUGGAUUUCCUGCAGGUAAAACAAUUUAUAUGAAACGGUGCCUAAGCUCACUGUCUGUUACUCAGUAUAUGUUCUUUUUCUAAUGCUUGUGAUAGUAUCAGCCAGAAACUUUGAAUGAUUACAUAUACCCUGUACUUUGAAUAAUUAGAUAUAAGUUUGUAUCAAAAAAUAAAGUCUGUCAGAAUUAUUGUUUUUUAUUCCAGUUGUA